AAACAAACAAAAUGUUAUACGAUAUAGAAUUUGAAAAGGAUAUAUGAAACUUUUCGUAUCAUAUUUAAUAUUUUCCACUCUGUGUAACAGACAGAAGUGUUAGCAGACGUUUUUGAAUUCAGAUUAAAAAAACAACCAUAUUUCAUGAAAGAAACGAUCACGAUUAGAUUUUUAGUAGGAAAACAACUCGAUUAUAUACUGCCCUCUUUUACUUAUACUACCUCAAUGGUAAACUGUAUUGACCAUUCAUAUUCUAUUGAUUUAACAAUUCAGAAAAAUCUUUUACUCAUUGAAAAAACAAAACAUGAUAAUCUCUGCAAACAAUCGCCCCAUCAUUCAGCGUCUUAUUGCCCUUUCUUCAUAUAUACUUAACUAUUCUACUAAAAGAAAUAAUAAUUUCAAACUACCAUCAUAUACUUCCGAAUCAACUAGUCAAUUAAUAAAAAUAUUUAAUAAUCGUGGUGAAUAUGAACGUGCAUUUCAAUUAUUUGAUAUGCUUAUUAAACAAAAUAAUGUUAGUAUUAUAUCAUUAUUAACUAUUCUUGAUACAUGUAUUCGAUCAAAUCAUAUUGAACGUGGUCGUCAAAUUGAAACAUUUAUUAAUCAAUCAAUUAAAUGGAAAGAUGAUAUACGUCUUCAAACAUCAUUAAUUAAAAUGUAUAUGAAAUAUCAAAUGAUUGAUCAAGCUGAACAAAUUUUUGAAAGAAUUCGUCAAUUAUCUGAAUGUGAUGUUAUUGUUUAUAAUGCUAUGCUUAAAGGUUAUCUUCAAAAUCAUAAAGCUGAACGUUGUUUUCAAUGUAUUGAUAAAAUGCGUCCAAAAAUUUUACCUGAUAAUGUUACUUAUAUUCUUUUACUUAAUGCUUGUACAAUUUUACGUGAUGAAAAACAAGGUAAAAUUAUACAUAAUGAAUUAUUAUCAUUAUUAAAUAUUCAACAUGUUCAUUUACAAAAUGCAUUAAUUGAUUUUUAUGGUAAAAUUAAUCAAAUAAAUAUUGCUGAAA